AUGGCUGCGAAGCAGCACAAAAUCCUAACAGAGCUGAAAGAGGAGCAGACAUUUGUCCAGGAUGAAAUUAUUAAAAUAAUGAACCUGGAGAAGAAUGACUUGGAAAUGAAAAGAAAGUUCCUUAAUAUGACCAAGUAUGGAAACUGUAAGAGAGACAGAGUGGACCUCAUUCUGAUUCAGGAGCUCCGCAAAGAAGAAUCUCAGUGGACUUACUAUGACGAUGAUGAAUUAACUGUGAAGAUGAGAAUGACUGAAGACAUAUUUGAUAGCUUGAUCCUUGAUACAAUCAGAGUUCUUAAUGAGAUUUAUUUGAGAAAAGCCUACUGGGAACCUGCAAUUAGAGUUGGUGUGCUGGAUUGUGGGGAAGAAGAGAACUAUGAGACGUGUAAAGAAUAUGGUAUUCACUAUUACCCAACUUUUAGGUACUUCAAAGCAUUUACAAAACAGUUUACUACUGGAGAAAAUUACAAAGGAGCAGAUCGAGAGCUGCAAACAGUUCGUCAGAUGAUGAUUGACUUCUUACAGAACCAUUCCCAAGAGCUGAGACCGCCUGCUUGCCCACCAUUGGACCCAGUUUCGUCCAGUGAUAUUACUUCUCUUUUUGACAAGAACAGCCGUCAUUAUACUGCCAUUGUGUUUGAAAGUAAUAACUCCUAUGUUGGUCGAGAGGUUAUCUUAGACUUGAUCCAGUAUGAAAACAUCGUUGUAAAGAGAGCGUUGAAUUUUGAUAAGCCUUUUCUUGAGAACCUUGGUAUUACCUCAGUCCCUUCGUGCUAUCUGAUACAUCCAAAUGGGUCCCAUGGAUUAAUUAACAUUUUGAAGCCUCUACGGUCUUUCUUUUCUUCGUAUUUAAAGUCACUGCCAGGUGUACGAAAAAAACUUCUUUUGCCGCUUCAGCUACCUGUUCAGGAAAACAAAGAGGAGAGUACAGAAAUCAAGGUGUGGAAAGAGUUUGAUAAAUCUAAGCUGUACAUGGCUGACCUUGAAUCAGGAUUGCAUUACCUGCUCAGGGUAGAGCUUGCUACGCACAAGACACUUGAGGGAGCUGAGCUAAAGACCUUCAAGGAUUUUGUUACCAUCUCUGCCAAGCUUUUUCCUGGCCGUCAGCCUGUGGUGAAGUUGUUAGAGACGUUGCAAGAGUGGCUGGUGAGCCUUCCAUUAGACAAAAUCCCUUAUGAUGCUAUCCUAGAUCUGGUCAACAACAAAAUGCGGAUUUCUGGGAUAUUUCUCACUAAGAAGGUUCAGUGGGUCGGAUGUCAGGGCAGCAGACCAGAGCUGAGAGGCUAUACCUGUUCCCUUUGGAAGCUGUUUCAUACCCUAACUGUUCAAGCUGCUCUGCGACCAAAAGCUUUGAUAAAUACAGGUCUUGAAGACAAUCCCCAAAUAGUACUUCAGGUCAUGCGGAGAUACAUUCACCACUUUUUUGGAUGCAAGGCUUGUGCUCAGCAUUUUGAAGAAAUGGCUAAAGAGUCCAUCGAUUCCGUGAAAACCUUCGACAAGGCUGUUCUCUGGCUCUGGGAGAAACACAACAUAGUGAAUAACAGGCUCGCAGGUGAUUUGACUGAAGAUCCAAAAUUUCCCAAAGUUCAGUGGCCAACGCCAGACAUUUGUCCUGCAUGUCAUGAAGAAAUUAAAGGGUUACACAGCUGGAAUGAAGCCCAAGUUCUGCAGUUCAUGAAGUAUCACUAUAACAGUGAAAAUAUUCUAUAUAAAUACACUGAAAGCCAGACUGACCCCAGUGAAACUGAACAGGGAGAUACAAGGGAGGGGAAAGACAAAAGCCUGCUGAAGAAACCAAGUGGAAACAGAGAAAAUAAGAUCCAGGAUAAAGAAAACGUACUAGAUUCAGAAUCUAAGGUGUUAGAUAAGCUAAUAGCAAAUCACGGACCUGUCAAAGAUAGCGGUAAAAGCGCGGUUGGAUCAGCUAACCUUAAAGAGACGAAGCAGGCCGUGUCUUUCUUAGGGAUUGGAUUUUCAAACAUAGACAUGAGUCUGUGUGUCAUACUGUAUGUAGCAUCAUCCUUAUUUUUAAUGAUAAUGUACUUUUUUUUCCGAAUGAGAUCUAAACGGUGGAAAGUGAAGUAUUAUCGUUCAUCUGUAUAG